GGGCGGGGCUGAGUGGGCGGGUCUAAGCCAAUGGGUGGGAGCGACCCGGGAGCCUGCGCCAUGGCGGAGCAGGUCGGCCCUGCCCCACCUCCAAUCUACGUGGGGGGCAGCAGCAGUGACAGCGAGGGGGAGCUCGUGAGACCCCCGAGGGGCGCAGGGGGGCAGCCGCGCCCCAAGCGCCGGCGUGUUCUGUGCACCACUGAGAUCCCCGCUGUGCCUGUCUACUCGAACAAGGUGAACAGGAGCUUCCAGCUGUGCCCUGCGGAGCUGCACCAGGAGGUGCCCGCCCUGCGGUGGCAGGGAGGGGCAGAUCUGGACGUCGAUGACAUUGGCCCUGUCACGCCCCCACGGCCAGAGCGGCCUCACGCCCCACGCCUCCCCCAGGGCCCCUGCACUGACUGGCUGGAGGAGGAGCCACCGCAGCAGGGGGCAGCGAGAACGGUCCGGGACGAGUCCCCCUCUCCCCCUCCCCCACCACAGCCCACACGCAGGCAGAGGGGCCGGACCCGACGGGAGGUGGCGCGCCAGCUGCGAGGUCUCAACACGUGGCUGUCGGCCGCCCAGCGCAGCCUGCGGGAGGAGCCGCCCGAGGACGACGUGAUCCUGGUGGAGCCGCCCCCGUCCCCCGCGUCCCGGCAGCUGCAGCUCAAGGUGCGGUGCCGGGCCGAGAUCCACCGCGUCGCCGUGGAGACGUCACAGCCCCUGCAGGCGGUGGUGGAGCACAUGGCCGGGAGGCUGCAGGUCCGGCCGGAGCAGAUCCUGCUGCUGCUGCGAGACACAGAGCUGCCCCCCGGCAGCACCCCCCAGGGCCUGGGCCUGGGCGUGGCCGACAUCAUCGACUGCGUGGUGGACGUGGGAGCCGGGGAGCCGCAGAGCGGGGGAGAACCGGGGGCCGGGCCGGGCCCUGGGGAGCUACGGCUGACGGUGCGAGGCCAGGAGAAGGACUCGCAGCUCACACUCAACGUGCCCAGGGCGGAGCCGCUGCACCGGCUGAUGGAGCGCUACCAGGAGGCCAUGGGGCUGGGCGGCCAGCUCCGCUUCUUCUUCGACGGGCAGCGCCUGGCGGGGACCCGCACGCCCGAGCAGCUGGGCAUGGAGCCUGACGACGUCAUCGUGGCCUGGGCCUAGCCCCCCCCGCGUACCUCCCCCCAGCUGGGCACGGAGC